CGUUUCCACACACGCUGUGCGUAGUUGUAGUCGGUGUGUGUGUGUUUAUCUCGCGCGUCACGUUUAUUGUGUGAACCGUUCGCGGGCGGCGCUCGCGCUCUGACGCAGUUAUUACCGUAUGUGUGUGUGUGCAUGCGUGUUGGUUCGCGUGACACAAUUUGCGUGCACCAAGACCCCAUCGGCCGACGCCUCGAGUUCCCGUCGGUCGCGACCAUCAGUGGCGAACUGGGCAUCGGCGUGAGCACGUUUAAUUUUUCGUCGACCGUUUUGAAUUCGAUAAGGCAUACAUACACUCUCUGUUAUCUGUCGGCGUUUGUGUGUGUGCGUGUGCCUCUCUCUGUCUCGUUUUCGUUUUUGCACUUCAAGACAUAUAAUAUAUUUGAUAUUGAGGACUGACGGGGCGACAUCAUACAACAUUGGUCACGAAUGACCGAGGUGUUAUGAAAAAUCUGGCGGACGUGUGUCCGUCGAUACUUUCGUAGUCGUGCGAGACGUACGUUUGAGGACCACACACCAACCGUCAUCCAUCAACCGCCACACCCCGCGUAUCGUUAUCUUAUCGCUGGCGUUGUCGUACGGCGGUGCGACGAUGAUGGACGACGACGACGACUACAGCAAGACAUGUGGUCCCGUGCUGGACCGCCGGAACCCGGUGAACCUGGACGAGCUGUUCGUGCCGCUCGGUGCCAAGUCCAAGGAAUGCGACAACUUACUGGCAGUUGCAGAGGAGGACUCCGGCGACGAAGAGGACACGGCCGUCGAGACGGUUGCCGCCAAAGCCACGACCUUGGUGAACGACAUCAACACUAGAUUUUCCAACGAUUGCACGCAGACCGUCGGACCGUACUUGGACAUGGCCGACCCGUCUCGCAAGGUCAGCGUCCGCGACCUGUUUAAGCCUUUGGACUCGAAGUCCAAAGAGGUGCAGAACUUGGCCGAAGAACGGUUGUCGGAUGACGACGUAGACGACCACCGUAACGCCGAAGGUGGUGGCGGCGGCUACCAGACAACCAGUGCCGAGCACGACCAACAGCAGACCCAGACCUGUGGGCCCGUCCUCAUCGACAGUGGCGGUUAUUCGCCGGCCAAACAGCAAUUGGAACGGAUUUUCGAUCAAAAUCCGGAAGAGGGUAACGACGAUGGUGAAAAGGAACAACAGAGGCAGGACGAGCUGUCGCGACCAUCGCCAUCGCAACAGGACGGUGCCGACGAAAACGCCGACAAAUCUUCGGCCGRAGACGACGGCCAUGCCGACGACGAAGACGGUGGCUUACGGCGGUCACCCGCCAACCCCGACCAUGGUAUAUUGACCACCAAGGACGGUACGCCGCUGAUCCGGUUACGGAGUAAGAAAUCCAUUAUGGAAUCAAGGUUCAAGCUCACCAUGCGCACGUGGGACGACGUCUGGAAGUCGACGGCUUGGGCCAAGUUUGCGCCGGACAAGCUGAAGCACACAUUGCAGAGGUCGGCCCGGAAUCAAGGAGAGUUGAAAGCCGGCGGUGACGCGAUAUCGAAGAAGCCGACCGCCACGGCAACUGCUAUGGCCGCGGCCGGAACUACUGCGACCGCGGUGCCGGUCAAGAAAAGCCGGUUCAGAGUGCAGCACGUUCAGAUUGACGACCAGCCGUCAGUGAUGGUGUCCUCAACCAAACGGUCCCCUAAACCGCCACUGUCUUCGUCAAGUGGCAGCAGCGACACGGACAGCGAUCGACUGCCGGCCGGCCUGCCGAUGAUCGAGAGUAAUCUCAACGAGCUGACCAUGGUUGAGUCACAGCUGAAGAAGCUAGAAAGAGAGCACGAGGCCAAGCACCAGCUACUGACUCCCAAGAACGACUGCGCGGUCGAAAAGACGGGGUCGACGGCCGACGAUGGUGGCCACAAACAGCAGCACCAGCAGCAGCGGGCCAUUGGUGGAAACGGCAGCGGUGGUGACGGAAAAAAAGACAAAGUGGGCUCCAGGGCCGCGGAAACCCAUUCUAAGCGGUUGGGUUGGCUGAAGGCGUUCCGACGCAAGUCUUCGGCCGACACUAGUUCGGACACCGGCACCAACCCACCGGCGGCACAACAUACGGCCAAGCCGGUCAAACACAAGCAGCAGGCGGCAGCGACCAAAUCGUCUGCCGCCGGUAGACAGUCGUCGUCACCCAGACAGCAACAGAAACAUCGCGCAUCCUCGACCGCUGGCACCAACAGGCCAAGACAACAACAACGAUCAACGGCAGUGCCGUCCACCGCGACACCGGGCAGUGAUGCGGCUACAAAUAGCAGUUCCACAGGAGGAGGAGUUGGAAGUGGUGGUGGUGGAGCAGGUGGAGGCAGUGGUGCCUCCACGGUGACAAGUACACGUGGAUCGUCUCGCAGCCGUUCAUCGGAAGAGCCGCACAUCGGCAAGUACAAACUGCUCAAAACCAUCGGAAAAGGAAAUUUCGCCAAAGUCAAACUAGCCAAACAUGUACCUACCGGGAAGGAGGUCGCGAUUAAAAUCAUUGAUAAAACACAAUUAUUACCAGGAAGCUUACAAAAACUUUUUAGAGAAGUUAGAAUAAUGAAAAUGUUGGACCAUCCGAAUAUAGUUAAAUUAUUACAAGUUAUAGAAACUGAAAAAACUCUAUAUUUAGUCAUGGAAUAUGCUAGUGGAGGUGAAGUAUUUGACUACUUGGUAUUACAUGGGCGCAUGAGAGAAAAAGAAGCAAGAGCCAAAUUUAGACAAAUUGUUUCAGCAGUCCAAUACUGCCAUCAAAAAAGAAUCAUACACAGAGAUUUAAAGGCUGAAAACUUAUUACUGGAUAGUGAAAUGAACAUAAAAAUAGCAGAUUUUGGGUUUAGUAACGAGUUCACACCUGGUGGUAAACUUUAUACAUUUUGUGGUAGUCCUCCAUAUGCUGCACCUGAAUUAUUCCAAGGAAAGCGUUAUGAUGGACCAGAAGUAGAUGUUUGGUCAUUAGGAGUUAUUCUGUAUACUUUGGUUAGCGGUUCUCUGCCUUUUGAUGGUUCUACCCUAAGAGAGCUAAGAGAAAGAGUAUUGCGUGGCAAAUAUAGAAUACCGUUUUACAUGUCAACUGAUUGUGAAAAUUUAUUGAAAAAAUUCCUUGUUUUAAAUCCACUUAAAAGAGCAUCAUUAGAGGUUAUUAUGAAAGACAAAUGGAUGAACUUGGGUUGCGAGGACGAUGAAUUAAAACCUUAUGUAGAACCAGAACCAGAUUUCAAAGAACCAAAACGAAUAGUCUGUCGAGUUACAGAAAUAUUAGUUGGCAUGGGUUAUAGUCGUGCAGAAAUAGAAGAGAGUUUAUCUCAAGCUAAAUAUGAUGACAUAUUUGCCACUUAUUUGUUACUAGGAAGAAAAUCUAACGAUCCUGAAAGUGAUGGUUCUCGAUCUGGUAGUUCAUUAUCAUUGAGAGGAAUCACAGGACCAAAUCCUGGCGUGAAUAACACCAACAAUGUAGCGGCCGUGAACAAUACUAAUCAAUCACCAUCACAUAGAGGUGUGCAUAGAUCAAUAUCUGCUACMAAUUCCAAACCUAGUAGAAGAGCUUCAUCUGGUGGUGAGACUUCUGCUUUGACCACAAACCAUCCAAAUUCUAGCAAUGUUCCUGCUACCAAUAAUACGCCAAAUAAUCAACAAACAACCCAUAACUCUACAAAUAAAACAAGUAAUAGUACCACCAAUUCAACCAAUCACAAUCACAAUGUGGCCAUUCCAAGUACCAAUUUCAAGCGUCAAAAUACUAUUGACGCGGCCAGCAUCAAGGAAAACACUGCUCGACUAAAUUCUAGACCUGAAAAUAUGAUAGGAACAAAACAACGGUCAAUGGCUCCUGGAGGGUCAGUGGGUAGAAGGAGUACAAUCAGUUAUGAUGCCAAAGCAGCUGUAUCAACUCCUCCUGUAUUGGAUCCAGCAAGUGCGUUGGCUGUACCUAAUUCUGGUUCUGGAUGUGGAGAUACACGAUCCAAAGGUCACGUCAAAUCUGCUUCUGUGUCUAGUGCCACAGAACAUACCACAGAACCUCCUGCCCACCCGAGGGGUGUUACAAUAUCACCUGCAUCACCAGCAGUCAAUAGUCGACAGCCAUUCCCAAGGAAUGUGCCUAGUCGCCAGACUUUCCAUUCAGGCCAAAACAGACAUAGAGGUUAUACUGGCGUUGGACCUACUAACAAUACUGGUAGUCCACAUGAUCCAUCCGUGCAAAGGCCAUCAUUCUUUUCAAAAAUAUCAUCUAAGUUUGUUAAACGGACCACUCCCCAUUAAUAUGAAACAAAAAUACCAAAUAAAAAAUCAUACAUCCAUAUCCAUUCAUAUAUCACACGCAUGCUACCACUAAAAUUAUGAAGAAGACAAGCAAAAAUGGGGCAGGCGGGCACUUAACUAUUUUGAGACAAUUAUGCUGGGAUGCCGCUACUCGCCGUUGACAUGCUUAGAUCUGAAAGUUUUAAAGUUAUAUAUUUAUGUAUAAAUAUAUGUAUGUGUGUGUGUGCGUGUUUGUGUAUUUCUAUAUGGAUACAUAUUAAUAAUGUUCCAAAUGACUAUAAUCAACAGUUAAAUUUUAUCCAGUUAUAUCAAUAAUAACUUAUACUCUCUCAUUUAAACCUCAUAAUUUAUGUUGAUUGCAUUUUGUAAUAUUAAUUUUAUUUUAUUUUUAAUUUAACUGCAUAAGACAUAACUUGUCAUUGUGUUUUAUAUUUUAUUAUUACUAGAUAGUAUAUGUAUUACUUAUCUCUACGACUCUAAAUUGAAAUUAAACUACUUAUAUACAUAAAUGUAUAUAUAUUAUAAUUCCAAUAACAAUUUUUUUUCCAUGUAUUUUCUAGUCCCCCGAAAAACUGUUGCAUAAUUAUGUAUUUUA